GUCGUGGACCGAGCGGUAUAGUUUUAGUUUGGCCUCAGUUGUCCCAGAAGACUGUCUGAUUAGCUACAAUAUGAAGUGUUUGAGUGCAGUUUUAUUACUUUUUUAUUCUACUGCUGUUCUAUCCGAUGGAGGCUCCCUACUCACACCAUGCAAAGUGCACGACACAGCGUGCCUGAGCAAAUCGACACAGCAAUUUCUAGAACAGACGUCGCAAGGUAUACCGCAAUAUGACAUAAAGGCUAUUGAUCCACUCUUCAUUGAUAAAUUGGAUAUACCGAUUGGCGACGAUUUAGAAACUGUACUGCACUACAAGAAUAUCAAUAUAAACGGAUUGAAGAACCAACAGUUUUCCGAUAUAAAAAUGGACACAGAAGCUAAAUCAGUAGCGUUGCAAACCAGAGCUACUCUAAACAUAAUCGGAGACGUAACAGUCGAACUGGGCAAACUACAGAAGUCACUAACAGGCUCUUAUACUCUUAAAGCAACUGCAUUGGGAACAUCGAAUUAUGGCUAUGAUUUCAAGACUGAUGACAAAGGGGUUGAACAUUAUGAAGUAGGUCCGGAAACUAUUUCAUGCCAAACAGUAGACGAGCCAGAAAUUGUACUUAGUCCUGAACUGAGGCAAGCAAUAGAUGAAGAUGAGAAGCUGAAAGAAAAAAAAGAAAUAUUCAAGCAAAAUGAGUUACAGAAGUUAGUUUUCUGCAAGAUGGUAGAAAAAGCCUAUGUAACCGUGGUCCACAACAUAAGAGCAGCUGCAAAAAUCUUGCCUAAAAGUGCUUUUUUGGAAUUUUAAUAUCACAGCACCUACAGAUUUUUAGUUUUCGGAAAAUACGACAAAUUAAAUUUCACUACAUAUAAGAUGAUAAUGACUAACGACAAAUUGAAUUUCACUACACAUAAGAUUACCAAAUACUAAUAUGUACAUGAAUUUUGAUUAAAAACCCCAAAUAAAUUGAGGAAAUAUG